AUGACAUCGUUUCCAUCGUUCGAUAGCGGUAACCCGGAGGAAAUUUUCUAUUCAACCUAUGAGCCGUCGAAGGAAGAAAUACUCGAGUAUGCCGUCAAGAUUGGCAUCGAUCCGGAAAAGGAAACAAAUUUGAUCUAUCUUGCGCGACAAGGAUUACUGCAUCCACUACCGGAGAACUGGAAACCAUGCUACAGCAAACAAGUCAAGGCAUAUUACUACUACGACCGCUACACCCGUAAGUCCCAGUGGGAGCAUCCGAUAGACGUUCUCUAUCGACAGAAGGUUGCCGACGCCCGGAAGGCCUUGUCGCUGGAUCGGUCCGAUUCAACCUCGCUGGCGGAUUCGGGCUUUCGAAGUUUGAAAUCGGCCACCAGCAAUCACAGCAACGGGAGCAGCGGAAGCGGCGAAAGUGGAGCCGGUAGCGGUGGCAGUGGAUGCGAAGUUCGGUCGCCCCUGGAGGCGAAGCUUGAUGAUCAGAUUGAACUGGCGGUUGGGCAGCACCCGCUGGUGGGUGAGUGUUUUAAUACGGGUUCCGUUUCUGGCUCGGCCGAAUCGGAUCGGGAGGAUAGCGUGAAGGAGGUUAACGUUGUGAAAGAAGAGCCUACUAAGGAGGAUAAGGAAAUCGCCGUGGAUGAGGAGGUUGAAGUCGGGGAAGAAGUUGGCGACGAAGAGGAGAACAACGAUUCCAACAAGGAAAAUAAUAGCCAGAGACUGAUAGCGCAGACCGUGGAAGGCCAGGAGACAAUGGCGUCGGGACCGAAAAUAUCGUUUAAUUUGGGAUCCAGCAUGAGAGAUCGAACGGAAAAUAAUUCAAUGCGCGGGUCGUUCCAAGGGUUUACCAUCACCGGAACAGGUUCGCAAUUCUUGAAGACAAACAAAAAACCUGAGUUCGAAAGUCUGGAAUUUGGCAAAAAGGACGAAGUGAAGGGUAUACUGCGAGACUCCAGUUUGACUUUCGUUAGAAACAAAGGAACGCCAAAUGAAGACUCUUCGGAUGAGAGGAAAAGUGUUCGAUUUGAUAUAGAUUUAAAUGCAGAAUUGAAGUCGAACAAAUUGGAAGCCGUGAGAGAUGACUCCCUGAUCAAUUUCGAUGAAAUCGCCGAAGGCUACGAUAACGAUGCUGAGGACGAUGAGGAAGAGGAAGAGGAAAUGGAAGGUUCGGAAAAGAAAUCCACCAGCUCGGCGGAAACUUCCGAAGGGGAAUCUGAAGUAAGUGAAGAAGUGAAUAGUAAGGCGGAGAUGAUAGUACAGGAAACGAUCGCUCGAAGAUUCUCUGUUGAACGGGUGAGUGAUGACUCCAUUAGACUGCUGAAAAAUUCGAUUACAGACGAGAAAGCGAGGUUCAAAGCGAAGCUAGAGGAAGAGCUGAAGAAUCUGAAAGUUUUGGAAGAAGCUAACAUUCAAAAUGAGUUGGCUAAGGAAAGACGCCUUUCGCAAGAGCAAUUAUCAACUGAAAAGGAGAAAUUGAGAGCACAGCAUCAGAAAAACAUUGAAGAGAUCAAAGAGUUUUAUCAAAUUAAACUUAGCGAGAUGAAGGCUGAUUAUGAAGAAGAAAACGAGAAGGAGUACAGAGUUUACAGGGAGACUUUGCAGGAGGAUUUCGACCGUAGAGUUAAGGAGGUAACGGAUGAACAUAAGUCAACAAUGGCAACCCUUCAGAAAAAUCACAAUGAAAUUGUAGAAGAACUAGAACGAGACUUGAAAACGGAGGAAGAAUUGCUGAAGAAAGAACAUGCAACUAACCUCACGGAAAUGAAAAUCAAACUAGCUCAUGAGCUGGAAGUCGAACGGCAACGUAUGCGGGAAACUGGAGAAGAUCGUUUGUACGAGAAGAUUCGUUGCGAAAAACGUCUCCUCGAGGAUAAGUACAAGUGUUUGAAGGAAAAAUAUACCCGUUUAAAAACGGAUGUGAGAAUUUCAUUGGAGAGACGUAAGAAACGUCGAGAGCAACAGCAGCAAAGUCUCUUGAGCAACAGCUACGAAACGGAUGAUCGAACCCAUUCGAGGCCAACUUCACACUACCCUUACGACGGAAAACCGGGAACUCCUGGUCCAACAUCGGUUAUGAUGAAUUCGGAAAAAUCAUCAAUCAGCACUCCUCCUCCGUCGGCUGCUUCCAAGCGAUUUCCAAUGAAAAAUUCCUAUCCGGUGGAAAACAAAAACAAACUAUUGCAUUUCAAUGGAAAUUCCGCCCAGCAGGUAGCCUCUUCGGCUCCUCCGGAACCACGCAAACCGUUCAUCCUCAAUAACAAUCGUCUCCAGAAUACGGACGACACCAGUCAGAGUGAGACUACGUACUCCAAAAACUACUUCCAAAUUCGCAACAUCUUUGCUAACGUUCGGGAUGAAAAUUACAGCUCGGAUUCCGAGUUCGACAAAAACCAUGACAAAAAUAGCGUUCCCAUGUGCAGACAGAAACGUAAGCUGUUCACCAAAACCAAAUCCGCUUCAACCUCGAAACUAAAUUCCUCGAAGCAUGAGCGUGAGCGACCGUGCACUCCGGUGGAAAAUCUUCGAAUUCAGCUCAAAAAACUCGAAGAGCUGGAAGAUCAAAUUCCGGAGUGCAAUAUCGAUACUCCGUACCAUUUGCGGUAUCCGUUCAGUGAUCUGGAGAAUAACGGCGGCAGUACCGAGCUGGACUUCUUCAAACAUCGCAUCCUCCUCGAGCGGGACUCGGUUAUGCGCGCCAAAGAAUCGCUGCGAGCGCAGAAGAAUCUGUUCAAAUCCAAACAGCGGGACAUAUCGAUUAAGCACACCGUCAAGAACAAGCACACGAUGGAUCAGAUCUUUAAUGAAGAGAAGGAGCUGACCGAGAUGGAAGUAUCGCUACAUCGCACACGUGCCCUUCUAGGCGAAAAAGUUAUCCGGCUGCGUCACCUGGAGCGUUCGCUGCAGAAAUUGUCCGAAAAGGAUCGGCCGGCUCUGCCGGAAAACAUUGAGAUUAAGAUUAAACCAAAGGAAACGCUGAGCGAUCUGUCGUCCUAUUCGAGCUCUGGUUUCAGCAGUACUGAUGUGCCUACGGAACACGGCAAUAUCCGUCAUCCGUUUAUACUGAAAGAAUCCAACGAUACACUGAAGUAUCUGGAACAUUUGCACAAUGAGAUUCAGGAUAUCUGGAAUAUUUUGAACCCAACACAUCAGGCCAGCGGUUACGAGGAACUGGAUUACCUAAACAAUCCGUCGCAGCACUUCUGCGAUAUUGUGAUUUCACCGAAGCAGGCAGGAACUGCAACCAGCGCAAUGAUAAACGUCCCAUCGCACCAGUUGCAGCAGCAAAAACAGCACCACCAGCUGCAACAUCAGCAGCAGCAGUACACGGUGACACUGCUGGAGAAGACGCGUGAUCUGAAGAAUUGGUUGCGUCAGGCCAAGUCCGAGCAUGAGUUGCUGAAGAAGAAAUCGUUCGGGUAA